CUGGAUUUAGAGUUAGUUUGAACGAAUGGCCAUGCCGCGUGUGUCUGAUACUUAUCGAUGCAGAGGUAGAGGAAUGUUGUGGUGACUUUCAGAGUGUAGUGUCAGCGAGUGGAGGAAGUUCGUGUGCUAGAAGAUAAAGGUUAUUAAUAUUUGCCUCAUCGUGUAGUAUGAAAUGCAAACUCAAAGUCACAAAACAACAUGACGAUCAGGAUGAGGAUCAUGGUGACAGUGACAGUCACUAAGAAAUUAUUAUAUAUAACAAGACUACACCAGCUACAGCAACAGCAACACAGCUAGUUGUACAACAACAGGAACUGUUCAUCCUUAGAUAGAAGUCCAAGUGAAGAAAAAAUGCCACCUCCGUCGCCUCCAGUGCCGCGUGAUGGGGAUGCAACUACAGGCCUCACAGACCUCCAGCGUCUUGUUCGGACAGAUCCGAGUGUUGUCGACGACAUCCUGCAGUAUUCCAUCCACACUAUUAAGGGUUGUUAUAGUCAAUUGACUUCAGAAGUAUCGAACUAGCGGCAACUCUAUCAUGACUACCCUCUAUAGAAGAAAGAUCCAGAAAACCAGCAUCCUCUCUGAUGUAUCUAUAUUUAUAAUGUAUGUUAAGGCUAUGGCUAACAGUAGCACGAAGUAGAUAGUGUCCUUUUCUGUGGUUGUGGGUUUAUUUGGUGAACCGGUACCCCAUUGCGAAUAAACCUGCGCGCACAACCAUAGAGCUGAGCACUCACUGGAGGCGUUGCGCAGGGCUCCGGCCUGCCUUCGAAGGUGAGACCUCUGGGGCUGACCUGACAGGACCACGACGGCGCCGGCGCUUAGUUAGUAGUAGAUAAGUUCUUGCCUGACUUUUCUUUUUUCGGUUUUUGUUUUUUCUAGUUAGAUAUGCUCCACCAACAUUAUUACUGAUGGGGCUGGUAGUAUGUACGCACCUGGGGACCUUAGGCGUUCCCUGGCGGUACUUCCCAUCCAUCGGAGGUUUCGCCUCCCAACGUCCGCUUUCCCUAAAUCACUGCGUAGACCUCACGCAUCCUAUAUUUUGCAAAUCGUCCGGUUCUUUUUUAACAUAAAACACGAGCGCGGCAACAUCCAUCAUUGGGAUGCUGUAGGUGAUGACGCUCACAGCGGCAUGCGUUUGGGCUCUGGAGGAAGGGGCGCGGAGUUGGUGUUAAGCGUAUAUCCAUGGUCGUAGUUUUGUAGCAUGUGACGGGUCGCGGAUUCUGUGAUAGAUUUUAUGUAUCAACUACGGCGCAAAGGAUCCGCGGCAGACCUAUGGGCUUGCAACUUUGACGCUAGUGAGUGUCUUGGGUAUUCUGCUGCGGAUUUCGUGCGUGGAUAUUAAGGCUAACAGUAGCACGAAGUAGAUAGUGUCUUUUUCUGUGGUUGUGGGUUUAUUUGGUGAACCGGUACUCCAUUGCGAAUAAACCUGUGCACACAACCAUAGAGCUGAGCACUCACCGGAGGCGUUGCACAGGGCUCCGGCCUGCCUUCGAAGGUGAGACCUCUGGGGCUGACAGGACCACGACAGCGCCGGCGCUUAGUUAGUAGAAGAUAAGUUCUUGCCCGACUUUUCUUUUUUCGGUUUUUGUUUUUUCUAGUUAGAUAUGCUCCACCAACAUAUAUUUAUAUUAAUGUUGUAUGUUUUUAAUAGCCUAUUAUAUCCAUACUACUUAUUUUUGGAAGUGCCACUCAGGACGCCCACGGAUUUCAAAUUCAGCCUGCUCAUUACAAUCGUCACCAUGAUGCAUCAGCGCUCUUACUUCAAUAAAAGUUCCUUGAUUUUUUUUUUCAUGCAACACGAACUUCCUCUGAAGUUUUUCUUAUCAGUGGUCACUAUCAGUAAAAUAAGUGAGACUUUUCGUAAUAUGUUUUAAUAUCCUACUUAAUCGAAAAGCGCUAACACACAAGGCGGUGGGGACAACGAUUUAGACCGCACAGUCCUCUCCGGGGAACAGAUGGCGCAGAUGAAGACAGGUAACCAGGGCUCCAAAAUCCAGCCAGUUGACGGCGACGUCACACAACUCCCAUCACCAGCUGACGUGAGGGUCAGCACAGAAGAGUCUGAACGCAAUAAACGAAGUCGUAGUAAUUAAGGCUCCUGAGGCAUAAUAUUGAAUAAUUUAUUUUCGUUUUUUUAAUAGUUAAUACUGUAUGGCUCUGGGAUUUGGUUCCCUGAAUUUGAGCACAAGAAUUCUCUUCUUGUUUUUCUUAUGAUCAAAAUCAGGCUACCACUACCUAGCACUAGAGCCAUUUAAAUACUCCAUAACAAACUAUAUAAUCUAAAUCUUCUUCUACACAUGAGGGUGGAGUCGUCUUUUUGUUUCUUUUAUUUGGCUACUUUUUCUUCAUCAUCAUCGUCAUCCAUCAAUCAUUCAAUAACAAUACGCUGUAGCAGCUGUACAACAAUCAACAUUGAAACACUUAAUAUACUUGAUGCCAGAGGCGAAAUUCAUUGGGAUGGACGUGGACGAGCCAGUUUGUGCAGAUGAUUGAAGAAAAUUAAGAUUGUCAAUGUCAAAUUAUUAUGUUGGUUUUGUAAGCGCUUGCGCUAAAAGAAUAAAGAGGAGAAGAAGCAAAGCGCAACAAGAUCACCUCCACAGCCCUCGCAUGUCGACGCUUCCUUGGAGGAAAGUCGCAUCCCGCUCUCUAGCUCCGAAAAUGCUGGUGUGACAGAAGAGAAAAUCCCUAUUUUGGCGGCCACCAAUGACACUUUGAUGUCAAUUGACCACGACAAGCAGGUACUACUAGUGCUUGCGGCACAUGAUUAUACAUAUACCUGUUCUUAUUUUCAUGUCCUGCUCAUAUGAAAAUGAACUUCACUUGAUGCCUUUUGAUGUCGAUGAGUAUUUUUUACAUCAUUUAAAAAAGUCAACACCGCCUUCUCGGUGCAACUGCAUACAGUAAAAAAAUUUCGUUUCCCUGCUUCGGAGGCCGCGCGAUGAGCUCGUCUCUUCGUGACUUAUUUUAUCGCGUUUUUGUUUUUCAUCUUACUCAAGUCGGUCCCCCCUCGCUACCCUUGGAGUCGAGUCAGGGUUCUAGGAGGGUUCGAUCAUGUGGUGUGCAGUAUGAUCCAUAACGAUAACCUAGAAUCGUAACCGAAUUCCUCAGACUCGUCCGAUGCUCUCCGUAUCGGAUGUUACUUCGUCCUCGCGUCCCGUGGGAGUCUCUCUGAGCAAAAAUAUCGACCGGGGUUUGAUAGAGGCCACGUUAGCAGCGAAUUUAGGAGGAGGUGUUGCGACUCCUGCUGGAGGAACACUGGGCACGAUGGGGCCUCCAGUGAGCUCUCGGUCCAACGCCACGAUCGGUGGCGCGUCCGCAGGCAGCAGUCGCACUCUGCUCCAUGGUGUACUACCAGGUGGAGCCUCGGGAACCACCGGAGGAGGAACAAGUCCCGCGCUGGACCCGAAUGCCGGGGAUGUGGACAACGUGGGCAUGGACAUGAUGGACGAGAGAGACGCGCAACUACUAGCUGGCUUCACAGGAGCGGACGGCACGCUGGCGAGACCCUCUCGUCGUCGCGGGCCAUCCGCAUUGGCUGAUAAACCGACAUUAAGGCUGUGGUUUCAAGAAAGUGCUCAGCGUCAACGCAAGUAGCUAUAUGAAGAUGAAAACGGAAGCAGGUACAAGAUGAAGAUAAUAAAGGACGCAGGUCCAAGAUGGAGAUGAUAACGUAAGUUUGUCUUGUCGGACGAAGAUAAUAACGCAAGCAGGGACAACGACAGAUAAAUAACGGAAGCAGCUAGAACACAAUUACUAGGUGGAAUAUGAAUGACCCAUCCGAAGAUAAAUGACCCUAGGAUUGCAUCGUAAAAGCUUUUUUUUUGUAGUCGUAAUAGAAAAUGAAGAACCCGUCCAUCGUCCUCAUUGAUUAUACUCGUCCGUGAUUUAUGGAUAACCCAUCCUGCCAGCAUCGUUAUCGUAGAAGAGGCUGAAAAGGCUCUAAAGCUAUUAAUGAUUAUUACUUAGAUAACCCCCCGAGCUGUAGAGCUCAUCUUCGAAUUUUGGAGUCGACGCGAGCACGUGUGAGCAGUCGCAGUGUGGACGUAGAUAAGCGAAGAUCAUUUCGUGGAGAUCGACAACUGCAGGAUGCUGCAUGGUCAAGAGACCAUCCCCAGCACAUGGUCGAUUUUCACCAGCAACUGCGUCAAUCCACUCAAUCCUUAUGCUGGCUUAAUCAUGUCCUAGAUGUUCAUCCAGAAGACUCGAAUUCGUGAACUUCUACUUCAAUAUCGUAUAAUCGUGUUAGGAUAGACUAUGGGAGCUCUCCUAAGCAAGUAGGGAAGAAGUGGUAGUGGAGUAACUACACAAUCACUGAAAUUUACAAUCAAUUAAGUAACACGAUCAUACAGAAGAUUGAUGCACGACAUGCAUCGAAGGAACGAAGCGGAUAGGUCUAACAUCGGGGGCGCUGUCGGGUGGCUCGUCCCUACCACGCAGCCCCAACCGCGGCGUCGAGCCGGUUACCGCUGGCAUUGCAUUGUAUUCAGGCACUGGCGGAAAGCCCGCCAGUGUGGAUAGAUUGGUGGUUGAGCCCCUAGAAGGUGGUGACGCUGAAGUAAAGCAGAAUCGCGUUGCGAGACUACGCGCAGAACAUGGGAAAAAGAAAAGAAGAGAAAGUGGUACCAGUUCUUGCAAGCAGUCACUCUUCUUUAAAAUAUAACAGAGCGCUUUAUAGCACGCAUGGCGCAUGGAGUAGCAUACUAUGAAUAACUCUGAUAUAGGUAUGUUGCAUUGGAGCAGGACGAUACAGAUACUAGUGGAGGUACAUCUUCAAGGUGGAAGAAGUAAAGGAGGACUAGGUAGUAUGUAGCAGACAUCACAUCACUAGACUAGUGCUGUUUGAUUUUCUGUUCCUUACCGCAACAAGUAGUUGAAGCAUUACCCACUCAUGACGAGAGACCUGUACUACUAGAGCAAUACUUACUUUGUGGGUCCCGGCCAAGGAUUCUGGUGACAAUGCGGACCAUGCAUGUCUACUUAACCUUGAUGACGUCUGAAUCCCCAUCUUUUAAAACUAAUAGAAGGAGGUGAAAGUAAUAUAAUGUGUCUUUAAGAACUAAAGAUUACACUUGAUUAUUCUUUGUAGUGGCUCUCUACAAUACAGAGGACGCUUCAACGAAGUCUCAAAAGGCCACGAAUAACGGUGGGCGAACAGUGCGUACUCGAGGGGCAGCGGCGCAGCAGUCAGGAAGAGGUGUUCCAGUUUUCGCACCGACAGCGGACGAAGUGCGUAGUCCGGUGCUGAGGCUUCCCGCCUCCGGACCGAUCGACCCUUCCAGAGGCCACUUUGGAACGUCGUCAGCAGGUAAGGAAUUUCGGCAGAAAAGUAAUUGGGUCUACGCAGGGAGGGGAUCGGCAGUGCUGGAGGAGGAGGAAGAGGCGAUAUUUGCUGCGACAGCCUCCGGCUCCGCCUCAUUCUCACCCGCGGGGAACCAGUCUCGUUACCGAGCAGGUCCAAAAGCGCGCUAUGGCCACGUGGCCUCGACCUCUUCGAACACUCGACGUCCUUCGAAGAACUACAACAACGCACAGAGACCAGACCGCUCUGGAUCGCCCCCAGCCUCGCGUGGACAGCGAGGAGCAAAUAGUCGAGAAGGGUCGACGCAGGAACGCACUGGAGCGAAGAGUAACCUCGUGCCGUCAAGUAACGACCUAGCUAGCUGGCUAGAAAAUCUACCGACAAUGUCUGAUAACGAACGAGCCAAGCUUGUUCUAGAUUUGGUAUCUUUAAAUUGUCACUUCUUUGUUUAACUGAUUUUUAACGAGAUACUACAUGAUUCUGAUAUAGCUGCACUAGGUUGUCACCAUUAUUGUAGCUUACUUUUCAUGCCGAAACAGGGACUAGAAAUAUAUACAUUUGUCGGAUUCAGCAGGCAUACUUUUAACAUAUUCGAACUAUAUCAGGAGAAAACUGAAAAGGUCGGAAAACUUUUCUACUCCUAGUAUUCAAAUUAAUUGCUCUUUCUAGGUCGCGAAGCUGCAUUUUUUAUCGAAGUGCACCAUGGGUGCGGACAUUAUCUGGCAAGCAUGUGCAGAUUUGCGGCUACUGGGGUACUUGUCGGAGCGUACAAAGCAACGAAUUUUAGCCCUUGAAACGAGCAAUGACUUGGCUUUUGCCUCUGCACUGGAGAAAAGCCUCUCCCCUGAAGCUGGCUCUGGUAUCGGAAAAAGUACAGGAGCUAGUGCAUCGGAGCUUGCGACAGAAUGCGAAAACUUGAAAAUCGAACUAGCAAUCACGAGGAUGGAACUAGAGCAACUGCGUAGCGGCGGUGCCCAGGCAGCUGGUGGAGAUGCUGCAGGUCUAGUGCCGCAAGAGGAUCAGUUCGGCGUCCUCGUUGGAGCAUCUUCGGCCUCUGGAGGGGGUACCUCUAAGAACAACAUUACAACUCUAGUAUCUUCUACUGGUGCAGCUGCAGCUCUGGACGGUACUUCUCCUGCUUCUGCGGGGUCCUCGAUGAGAACGGCGGGGGAGAGGUCCAAUUUACUGUUGCGCUCGCAGAUGCUGAAUCCGCCUCCGAGAGGACCGCGCGCUAUCUUCGGUCCCGAGCUCGCGAACUACGCUGCAGGUGAGACGCUUUCGGGAAUUAACGCGGACCUCGAGAAGCAUUUGCGCUACUUGAAGUUUCGAGAGCACACGUUGGAGAUCGACACGUCGCCAAGGGAGCGCGGCAACCUCUCGCCAGACGACGUGUGGUCACCACUCUCAGAAGAGGGCAAUUACGACGAACUGAGCGGUGCCAUGUCCGUGUCGUCCCCUAGUACAAGCAAACGGACGUACUAUUCCCAUGUUGUGGAGCGCACGGAUCAAGUGUCGCCGGCGCUUGCACUAUUGGAUGGCGUGCAGGUACUACUCUUCUUUGACAAUCAUUUUCGCGUCCAUCACUAUCUAUAAGUCUGUAAAUGUAAAUGUUGUGUCCAUCACUAAGUCUGUAAAUGUAAAUGUUGUAUCAUCUACUAUCAGUUUAUGCCUACUUCUCACCUCUCGCAAUAUAUAACUGGUAAGUUAUAAUAGUUUUCAAUCUUUCUUCUAGACAUCGCAUUUAACGUUUAUGGUGGAGCGGUUUCCGACGGUGCGGACGAAAGCCCAGCUAGCAAAAAUCAUGAACGAAGUCGACGCUUUUGACCUCCACGCACUGCGAACGUUGCCGAAGCCGGAUGCAAUGAGCAAAUUGAGUCUGCAGCGUGUUCUCAAAGCUCUGCCAGCUGUUGCGCACACACUUUUGCGCAAAGUCGUCCUCGGCGCACCGCCGUGUACUAAUUCGAACAGUCGCAGCGCGGGACAUAAAAAUUCUGCCUCUUUGACAAGUUCGCUAGUGUCAAUCGAAGGAAUCGACUCAGCAGUGGAUCGAGGAGAAGGUACUAUCACUUCCUGCAGAUGAUGAUGAAUCAUCACUCGUUUACUUAUAGAAUUUGGAUAAAACCUAAGCAUACAAUAUCAUGUUGGACUUCCUUGGAGAAACUCAUCAAUUUUUCUGGAAGCAUACUUGUUUUUACCGUGGAUCAAUCCCACUCGAUUGAGAUUCGAAGGUUCGUUGUUUUGUCAUGUUAUUUGAAAUUCUUGUAGCAUUUCUAAUUCGAGUCGAGUAACACCACAGUUGACCAUGUUGAGUAACUGUUGUAACCUUUUUUAGGUCUGAUCCAAGUUUUGUAUCCGGAUCGUGCUUCGCUGCUAGCGAGACUGAGGGAAGAGCCGCCUUCGGAGCAACUAGAACUGUUGAUGUCUGUGGUGCGUGACAAGAUGGAGGACGUACAAGUGGGGUUCUUGCGCCACCUGCUGCAGCCGGACCCCGAUAGCAAGUUGCAUAUGCGCAAAGUGCUGAAUCAGCUGGACAAUAGCGUAGUCCCACGGCUCUACACGGUGCUUGUGCGAGGCAUGCACGAGGAAGAGCAUUGCAGUGUGACCGAUGGAAGUGCGAUCGACGGCGGCGACCGCAGCGCGAAUGACGGCGCCGAGGAACGCCGCAGGUCGAAGAGAAGCAACGCUUCCAAGAAUAGUAACAGAAAACGGAGCUCUUCUCCUGGCGCGUCCUGCAUAGAUCAGCAGGACGAUGCUCCAGGAGGUGAUGAAUUUGAGGAGGCGGGAGAAACCCAGACUGUCGCUGACGGUUUAUCUGUAUCAAUCGCAUCACCGGGACUGGGUGGAAGUGCUGGACGGAGUGACGGUCCUCGAAAGAACUUCGCAACAUCAACAAGUGCCGUAUCUUCAUAUCCAGCUGCAGGAGCAGACUCCACGGGUAAUUUUCCGGCGUCAGGCGCUUCCUCAUCGUCCUCGUCGGGUUCAUCGUCCUCCUCAUCAUCAUCUGACGAGCAGCAAGAAGCACUUCCGAUUAAGAAGACCAAGGCAGCCGCGCGACCUCGAGGAGAAGGUGAGGCGACCUUCGAGAUGACCAUGGAACCAAGCUCAACAGCUCUUAUGAUCAGCAACAGCAGCCAAAGGCAAUAAGGAUAAGACGCACUUCUAUGUUUGAUUUUGAUAAUGUUGUCCCUGAUGGAUGAUGACUCUUACAUGAUCAAGGAGUAAUUCAAUUUUUUCGGGCCUGAUGUAGAUUUAGACAGUAGAACACCAAGAAAAAAAAAAUCAUGAGCAUGACACCAGAGACACACAUAUCGCAUGUCAAUGGCAUGCAGCUUAACAACAGAACAACCCUGCCCUCUUUCCUUGAAUUUAGUUUUCUGCCUCAUCAACAUGCGGGUUGUACAGGGUCGUGAGCAAGAUACAGGUACAUCUUGACGGACGUUAAUUUAUUUGUCGUAAACAAGUAGAACAUACAUCAGAAACCAAAAGCGUAAGCAUAUAUUAGUUUAUUACAUUACCACGACCUAUCAAUCUAUUUUUAUUCUUUACAGUUCCACUCUAUCUAGAGACUUAAGUAGACUUUCAAGAGGCCUGGGUAUACCUUAUUCUUACACCUCCUAUAAUCAUUCAUAUACAUAUUUCUUCGAUGUUCUUGUUUCUUAGCGUAGCGCUACCAGCUAGCCCUAGGACGUAGUUUUGUUUUUGGCUCUUCAGCAGCCAUUCAUGUCUGCCAGUUUUCCUGGUGGGCCCAGACCUAACCUAACCUCUAAUAGCUGCCACCACGACGACCUCCUCCUCCCAGUGGUGGAACAGGACCGCAGCAGUGGUAAACAUCGCGGGAUCCCGGCUCCAGGCGCGUCGCCGACCCGAUUGUCCGGCUCUCGCGUUCGGCGGACCGUCGAUCUAGACUCGUUCUUAGUUAAGGGCUUCCACAUUACAUUCAUUACCUUCUUCACUGCCAUUCUGGGCUUGCGUUGCAGUGAGUAGGAUUCAUAGGAAAGAAGUCAGAAAAGUUUCGAAGAAUGCAAUACUGCAACCUCUAACUUGGACACUCUCGUGGAUGACGAAGUCGCGACGCAGAUUUCCUCGCCGACCGGGAAGAGCCUCGAUGACAUCUCCCCGAAUGACGAGUUGAAACGCAAGAUCGCGGCUCUAAGAGGAAGUCGGCGGCCGCCUUCGGCAAAGUCCACUGGCUAGGGUUGCUAAGGCUCGAGUCGUACGACAGAUUCGUGCUUCAGCUAUUCCAGCUUAAGGCUUGCACAAAAAAUUUCUGAUAAUAUAUCAGGUAUAGUAGAACAAACACACUUAUUGUAGUUUUCGUUUUAGCAUCAAAACAAGAUCCGGAAGAAGAAGAAGAAGAUGAGUUAGAUUUUUUGAUGUAUGGAUAUGGACGCUGACUCAAACAUAGAGACCCAGCAGUUGACGAGCAACUGACUCGUUCAAAUUACACAAAGUAGAAAUAACAAUAAGUGAAAAUAGAAAUACACCAAAGAAACGAUCAGGAUAUUGAGAUUGAACUAAGCCAUAUAUUAGGUAAAAAAUCCUUUCUCGACUGGUCAACAGAGUGGAAUAGCACAAUGAAAGUAAUAUCUGAAUAUUAGGUAUUUGUAGUUUAAGUUGAUGUUAUCUAAACAUUUAUCAUGCGCAGUUGUGAAUCUGACUUCUAAUCAAAGUAACAAAAGUUGACACCGAACUGAGAUACAAAAUGUACAUGGCGUUCGCUGGGCGCAACAAGAACAACUGAAUCUAUGGUCACAGGCAGGACUGAUCACUCUAUUCUCUCUCUCACAACUUGUUAGCAACUCAAUCUCUCAGAUACAUACAUAGCUCGUGGAAGACGAUUUCAAACGGAAAGACAUACGUCUUUGCAUAAGAAUUUUCAAAAAAAAUAGGAACAUGUUAUCAUUGCACAGUAAGUCCAGUCUAGUACUAUCAAAAUAGGAGCAUGUUGUUGUACCCAUUGCACAGUAAGACUACUAGUCUAACACAACUAUGAAGUCGAGUAUUCAAUACAGUUAUAGAUUUUUAUCGAGUAGAUAACAAACAUGAACAUCACAAUCUCAAAAAUCACUGAAGUAGCUCACAACAUUGUACAUUAUAUCUUUGAAUCUUUCUCGUCGAGGUGUUCUUGUAAACAAGAACGUGAGAAAGCCGUCUGGAGUAAGCUUUCUAUUGAUGUGGUGUUUGUCCUUCCGAGUAGAUUCGAGCGCGUACAUGCCGCAUCGUGGCAGGCUUGGAAGCAGCGCGUUUACUAACUGCUCACGAAAAAUCUAUUUAGGAAGGAAAGGACGUAUGCAACAAAAGCUUGUACAGAUCAUUACCUUGUAUGACUAAUAUCAUAAGUAGUGUACGUGCACUUAGAGAUCAUAUGGGUAGCAGUACGAAAAAAGUAGUAGAUGGAUGUACUAUAUUGUUGGGUCGUCGUGAAAUUGGAAUAGUCAUUGGUUAUUGUUACAGAUGAAAAAUCAAAAUGCGAUAAUAAGGUUAAGGAUUUGAUGGUUAAUCUUCUUAUAAGCAUGAGUUAUCUACUUGACAAGCAUUAUUUUAGACACACACACACACUUCGAUUUUCACUUGUACUCGUCCAUAAUUCUCAUUUUUGCAAGACGUUAAUGUAGCAGAAGUAGAGAGUUUAGGCGUACGGCAAGAACACAGACAUGGAGAAAAGACGUCGACUCAUUUUGCUUCAGCCAGGAGCACCAGGUAGACUCAUUUAUAGUUUGCAAGACAAAACGAAAAGGAAAACAAUCCCAGGCGAUGGCCAUUAGAGGCUGGUCGUGUCUAGAGAAAAACUGCUCAGAGCGGCAAAGAGACCUCAAAUAU